AUGGAGGAUUAUGUUGGGACAAGAUUGUUGUUCGAGACGUCUAAUGGAGUGAUAACUGGAAUGCUUAAGGCUGUUGAUGAGAAUGUUGGAAAACUGGUUAUAGAGGAUGAGAGCGGUACAAAGGAUGUGUUCGUUGAAGAUAUUCAGAGGCUAGAAAUUGUGGGGGACUCUUCUCCUGAUCUUUCUGUAGAAUGUAAGUCUAGGGAGGAUAAGAGGACUGGCGCUCCAAUCCCAUCCAUCAAAACAGACGAUAAAAGCGUUGCAAAGGUCUCUCGAUCUCCCUCCAUGGGCUACGCUGAUUUGAAGGCAGGUACCGACCUGACGAUCCAAAGUGAAAGGCACAAGAGUAGUCAAACAGAUACAAGUAGAACAAGCCAUGAAAAUGGUGAUAACACUCGGUCCUCUGACAAGAUUAGAGUUGGAGAAAGAGGAGAUAGGCAUUUGUUGGAAACCUGUGAAGAGAAUUACUAUGGAAUGAUUAAGAGAGCAUUCAGCUAUUUUGGGCCUCUUGAGGAAGAGUUCUGCUCGAUUGCAGCCCGUCAAGCAUACCGGAUAUUUUCUACAUACUUUGGAAGUUCAAAUCUAAAGGUAGAGGUGCUUGUGAGCGGAGACGACUUCUUUUCAAGCAUAGGGCUUAUUCUUGGAAGACUACUUUUACACUCUGGAAAGAAGUCAUCUGUUGUAUACAAUGAAACCGCCUUGAGAAAUGCAAGAUAUAAGCAAUCAUACCUGAACUCAGGAGGAAUCAUUUCCAGUAGGCCUAGUCUGGAGCCAACGAUACAAAUAUACGGAUGUGGCAAGGCAUUGAUUUCUACGUGGCCCAAAGGUAACGCAAAGGGACUUAUGUAUUUAGACACGCCUGGGUUUAGUGUCGAGGAGAAGGAAACGAAAAUAGGCCUGUGCUUUGGAUCAAUACCCAUGUACUUUCGGGAGUUUAACGGGAUAGUGUACUUUGUUGAUAUAGAAUAUCCGACGCCUCUCUACAAGGAGUUUGGACUUCAGAGGCCCACAAAGGGUAAAAUUCACAAAGUAAAGUAG